GGCAACUGGACCACUCUUCCUCUAUACAAGUCGACUACAUUUGGGCCAUUAAAAUGAAUAGGGCCCGCUAUUGUAAGCCACAGUAGCCGACAGUUACCUGGGACGUACGGCAUAGGCAAAUGGGAGCUGACGACAAGAUAAAAAUGCAGGUUCCGUCUGCUGUGCCAGUCCAGAUACCCGUCACUCCUAACCAUCUACCGGCAGCUGUGCCCAUGCAGAUAGCCACAUUGACUCCCACUGUACCCAUAGCUCUCCCUGUGACACCAGUUAUCGCCCAGCCUCUGCCGCAGCCCCUGCAGCCUCCCCAAGUUGUCCUAAAUGUGCAGACCGCUCCACAGGCCUUCAACCCGAUGGGCAUGUCUUAUGGGCCUUAUGGAGGGCCCAUGGGAGCUAUGGGUGGGCCUAUGGGAUUGGGACCUAUAUCUUGGAGCACCGGACUCUUCGGGUGUUGUGAUGACAUACCAAUCUGCAUCUUGGGCUGCCUCUGCCCGGCCUUCCUGCCAUGUUACUUGUCUACAAUGUUCGGUGAGAUGUGUUGCUUUGGUAUGCUGCCGGGCGCCAUGUUUGCACUAAGAACUGGAGUACGAGAACGAUAUAAGAUCCCGGGAGACCUCUUGAACGAUUACUGUGCCAUCUGCUGCUGCCUGGUGUGUGCGCUCUGUCAGAUGGCACGAGAAAUAAAAGGAAGAGAUUGGCACGGUUCCACACUCCCUAUGCCUCAGCCUCACCUUCAUGUCAACUUUGGCCGCCAUCGGCGGUGACGUCACUUUACUAUCUCUGAUAUUUAUUUAUAUAUUUAUUUAAC